GUCUAUUUCAGGCGGCGCCCGGCUCUGCCCAGACAGCGGCGGCCCGGCCCGGACACAGCCUGAGCCGGCGUGAUGCUGAAGACGACCUUCCAAGGCUUUCCGGGCCAGCAGCCUGCGCCAGGGGCCCUUGACUUCCCCGGAAGCCCCCAGAAGUUGCCCUUCGCCUCGGAGGCGGAGUCAGAAGCCUCCAUGUCGGAGGCCUCCUCCGAGGACCUGGUGCCACCCCUGGAGGCCGAGGAAGCCCCAGACAGGGAUGGAGAAGAGGCUGCGAAGAAGAAGAAGAAGAAGAAGAAGUCCAAAGGCCUGGCCAACAUGUUUAGCGUCUUCACCAAAGGGAGGAAGAAGAAGAGUCAGCCCAGCUCAGCAGAGACAGAGGGCGACUCUGAGCCCCGGCCCCGGCCGGCUGGCCGGCCGCCCACAGUGGAGGAGCUCAAGGCCGACCUGGAGCACGGGCGGCUGGAGGCGGCGGGGCCGCUGCUGGCGCUGGAGCGGGAGCUGCAGGCGGCGGCGGCGGCGGGCGGCAUGAGCGACGAGGAGCUGCUGCGGCGCCAGAGCAAGGUGGAGGCGCUGUACGUGCUGCUGCGCGACCAGGUGCUCGGCCUGCUGCGCCGGCCGCUGGAGGCGGCGCCGGAGCGGCUGCGCCAGGCGCUGGCCGUGCUGGCCGAGCAGGAGCGCGAGGACCGCGCGGCGCGGCGGCGGCGGGGGGCGGCGGCGGGGCCCGCGCCCUCGGCGCUGGCGGCCACGCGGCCCCGGCGCUGGCUGCAGCUGUGGCGGCGCGGCGUGGCGCAGGCGGCCGAGGAGCGCCUGGGCCAGCGGCCGGCCACGGCUGCCGAGGGCCGCACGGAGGCCGAGCGCGCCUUCCUGCACAUGGGCCGCACCAUGAAGGAGGACCUGGAGGCCGUGGUGGAGCGGCUGAAGCCGCUGUUCCCCGCCGAGUUCGCCGUGGUGGCGGCCUACGCCCAGAGCUACCACGAGCACUUCGCGGCGCACCUGGCGGACUUGGCGCAGUUCGAGCUGAGCGAACGCGACACCUACGUGCUGCUGCUCUGGGUGCAGAACCUCUACCCCAAUGACAUCAUCAACAGCCCCAAGCUGGCCGGCGAGCUGCAAGGAGUCAGGCUUGGGAGCCUCCUGUCCCCCAAGCAGAUCCGGCUGCUGGAGGCCACGUUCCUCUCCAAUGAGGUGGACAGCGUGAAGGAGCUGAUGGCCCGCGCCCUGGAGCUGGAGUCGCAGCGCUGGAGCCAGGAUGUGGCCCCCCAGAGGCUGGACGGCCGCUGCCACAGUGAGCUGGCCAUCGACGUCAUCCAGAUCAUCUCCCAGGGCCAGGCCAAGGCCGAGAGCAUCACCCUUGACCUGGGCACGCAGAUAAAGCACAUGCUGUUGGUGGAGCUGGCUGCGUUCCUCAAGAGCUACCAGCGUGCCUUUGAUGAAUUUCUGGAGAGGUGCAAACAGCUGAGAAAUUACAGGGCCAAUGUCAUCGCCAACAUCAACAACUGCCUCUCCUUCCGGAUGUUCGUGGACCAGAAGUGGCAGAUACCACAGGACCUCCCGAGCCACCUGCUGAGCCCCCUGAAUGAGCUCAAGAGUCAUGGCGUUGAUACCCUGCUCCAGAACCUGUUUGGGGUCCUGAAGCCGCUGUUCAAGAGGUUCACGCAGACCCGCUGGGCGGCCCCCACGCAGACCCUGGAGGAAAUUAUCUCCGUGGUGGGCGAGAGGCUGCCCGAGUUCUCUGAACUGCAGGACUGUUUCCGGGAGGAGCUCAUGGAGGUUGUACACCUGCACCUGGUGAAGGAGUACAUCAUCCGCCUCAGCAAGCGGCGCCUGGUCCUCAACACGGCAGAGAAGCAGCAGCAGCUGGCGGGGCACAUCCGGGCCAACGCCGAGCUCAUCCAGCACUUCUGCGCUCAGAACGGCUCCCCGGCAACCUGGCUGCAUCGUGCCCUUCCCACGCUCGCGGAGAUUAUUCGCCUGCAAGACCCCAGUGCCAUCAAGAUCGAGGUGGCCACGUACGCCACCUGGUACCCUGACUUCAGCAAAGGCCACCUGAGUGCCAUCCUGGCCGUCAAGGGGAAUCUGUCCAGCAGUGAAGUCAGGAGCAUCCGGACCAUCCUAGACAUCAACACUGGGGCGCACGAGCCCUCGAAGUCCCUAUUUUCACUUAUAAAGGUUGGUUAGCUGUUUCUGCGGCCUGACCUGCUUGUGAGCUCCUGGCGAGCAUCGGAUGCCACCCCAUUUGGGGGCCGUUCAGACCAGCACCAGCUUCACAGCCCCACACGGCCUCUCACGGGCGUCCUGCCUUCUGCUGCUGCUUCUGACCAGCCCUGGCCUAGGCGCAGGUCCCUGGGCCGCGGGAACUGGACAGGCCCUGGCUUGUUUACCCCUCCCGUGGCGGGGGGCAGCUAUGGGAAGCCAAGGAGGCCACACAUGAGGAGCUCCCUGUAGAUGACAGUGGAUCUUGCACGUGCUGAAGGAGGGGGCCAGGAGGGGGAGUGGCCAGGGGACAGAUCUCCGGGGUCACCGCCUGUCUGUGGAGUCCUUCCAGCCUGGGUCUCGGCACCUCCCCAGCUCCUGGGUGGGGGCCUGAGCCUCACCCCUCCUGCCUCCUCUGGUCCAGGGCUGUGUUGAGCUGGGCUCACCCAGGGCGUGGAAUGGAAGGCAGAACUGGAGGCGAGAAAAGGGAAGGAUGAGCUCUCAUCUGGGACCUGGAAAGGGGCCUGUGGGGUCACAUGGCAAGCUGGGGCGGGGCUGGCAUCAGAGCCCCUGCAGCUCAGCCCCUGACCCUUCUCU